UUUAUCCUUUCACUCUCUUUUCUUUCAUCCACAUCUCUCUCUCUAUUUACUCCCCACUACUUAAAUUAUCUCUAACAAAAUAUUCAAAAAAUUACUUAAAAUUUUGUAAUUAAUUUAUUUGAAAAAUAUGAUGAUGGAAUUUGAAGAUGACCAUGAAGAAGACCAAGAAGAGGAAGAAGAAGAAGAAUCCGAAAUGGCAAUUACUUCAACUUUCCAAAAACAACAAAACUUAACGCCGUCAGGUAACGUUAGGUAUCGUGAGUGCUUAAAAAAUCACGCCGUUGGAGUUGGAGGUUUAGCCGUUGACGGAUGUGGUGAGUUUAUGGCAGCAGGAGCAGAAGGAAGUAUAGAUGCGUUAAGAUGCGCAGCUUGUAACUGCCACCGUAACUUCCACCGCAAAGAAUUCUCUCCGCCGGAAAAAAUUUUAAUCCCUCCCCCUCCCCAACUCAAUAACAACCAACUCACACUCUACUCACCUAGGCCCCACCACCCACAUCAAAUCUACCAAUUAUACCCUUACAACAGGACAACACCACCUCCAGGUUUAGGGUACCAACACCUCCACGUGACGGCCGCACAAAGGCCAAUGAAUUUAGGUUCUCCAACAGAAGUGAGGAACAUGCAGCAUGGACAACAACAGAAACAAGAAAUGAUAAUGGGUGAUGAAACGGCGACAGGUGUCGGAACAAUGAAGAUGAUGACGUCACCAGGAGGCGGAGGAGGAGGUGGUUCCUAUAGUUCGGGGAAGAAUAAGAGAUUUAGGACGAAAUUUACACAAGAACAAAAGGAUAAGAUGUUGGAAUUAGCAGAGAAAUUAGGAUGGAAGAUUCAGAAAGAAGAUGAAAAUGUUGUACAGCAAUUCUGUAAUGAAACUGGGGUUAAACGUCAUGUUCUUAAGGUUUGGAUGCAUAACAAUAAACAUACUCUUGGUAAGAAACCCUAGCUAGCUAAUUACCUACCUUUAGUUACCUUUGCUUCAUUUUUUAAUUUAAUUACUCUAAUUAAUUUUAACUUAGUAUUUCUUUUUUUCUUUAUUGUAGUACUUGAAGAGAUGAUUCAACUUCUUGGUUAUUAUUAUUAUUAUUAUUAUUAUUAUUAUUAUUAUUAUUAUUGAAAGAUCGUAUUCUAUUUCAUAGAAAGAGACUUUAAAAAAAUUAGUGGGGAGUCGCUUUUAAAUGCAGAAAGCUAGUCUCUGAAAGAUGAGCGAAGGAAACGGUAGAGGUGUUAUUUAUUCGAGUCAUCAGCAUAAUUUCGGUUUAUUUUCAUGUCACAUGUUUCGGGUCGGUUAAAAUCGGAUCUUGUGUCCAUAUAUAUUAAUUUUAUGAUGGGGUCCUUAUUAGUUUUUGCUCACAUGUCAAUAAUUGAACCUUAAUUAUAUAGAAAAUAAGUUUUAUAGUUAUUUGUAGGUUAUAGUUUAAUUUAAGGAUUAAUUGGGAAAUUAAUUAGUAUAUCUAUAAAUGGGAGUGUUACUUGCUAAACUAGCUUGUACAUUUUCAUGUUUGAGUUUGAAAAAUAACAUUGAUGAGAAACUACUUGUAAAUUGCAUUAUUGUGUAAUUGUGUUUUGGAUACAUGAAAUCAACUUCAACUCCUACUUUCAACUUCAACUGUAACUGAUGAUGAGUACGUACUAUGUGGGAAUUAAGAGUUACAUACUUCCUCCAUUUUAAAUACCAUUUGUUAUUUUAAGGUUAUUCAUACUAUUUAUAUUGCUUCUAA